AUGAAAAAAUAUUUUACUUUUGAAAUUCAAAUAUUGGAUGAUAAGAACAUUAAAAGAAGAUUUAGAGCAUCAAAUUAUCAGUCAGUUACUUGUGUAAAACCUUAUAUUUGUACAAUGCCAAUGUGUUUAUAUGAAGGAUGGAAUCAGAUUCAAUUAUAUCUUGCUGAUUUUACACAUUAUGCUUAUAGCACUAAUUAUGUUGAAACAUCAAGAGUACAAAUACAUGCUAAUUGUAGAUAA